AACGUUUAAUUCUGAUUCUGUAUAUAUUUAUAUAUUUUAAUCUGAUAAUAUAUUAUGGAAGAAAAGAAAGAGACAUAAGACCUUGUUUAAUUAAAAAAGGAAAUGCUUGGAACAGCCAUCAUAAAAGUAACAUUUAUUAUGAAAUAAAGGAUACAGAUAUGAGUCCUGAUAUGCUUUCAGAAGUUUAAGAUUCGAUAGUUUCAGGAAUAGAAAAUAACUCAUCUCCAGUUUUAUCUAUCGAAGUAUAUUAAUUAUUCAUUUUAUUUAAGAAUGCAUGUAAAACCAUUAAAGAAGCACUUGAAAAGAAAUAUGGUCCAACUUGGCAAGUUAUUAUAGGUAAUCUGAAAUUUUAUCAAAUAAAGGUGAGGGAUACGCUUAUGAUGUUACAGUUUAAAACAAUACAAGACUAUUUAUGUUCUAUAAUGGUAAUUUGGCUUGUCUAGUGUUCAAAUCAUGAUGCA